AUGGCUGCUUGUUAUAAUGCCUACAGUGCUCCCUCUCAAUCCUUCGAGUUCGACGAGGACGAUGACGAUGCAUCUUUCGACAGCGGCUACGAAAAGAGCUUCGAGACGGAGGCCCAGGUCAGCUCCCGGAGGCGUUUGGAUUUCGAUGAGACGUACAACAGUGCAGCGGCCGGGCCGGCGGCGCCUUUGGCCUAUGCCGGCACCUGGGACACAGCCCCGAUCAACUCACCGCCGGCAGGAUUUGUGGGCCUGCUGGACACGAGCAGCAACCACAGCACACGCAGCGGCCGCACCCUGGUGGAGCACCUGAACAGCCGUGCCACUGGCGGAGGCUUCGAGCCGCAACUGACCAGCACACCAAUGAAGUCGCCGGAAGAUCCGGAUGCACCGCGGCCCAAGCGCAAAUAUGCCGUCGGCAAGAACCGCGUCACCCGUUCGCGCAGCCCCACACAGGUGGUGCGCAUCAAGAAGUUCCGUCGAAUGAAGGCCAACGACCGGGAGCGCAACCGGAUGCACAGCCUUAACGAUGCGCUGGAGAAGCUGCGGGUGACGCUGCCCUCGCUGCCCGAGGAGACAAAGCUCACGAAGAUCGAGAUACUUCGGUUCGCCCACAACUACAUAUUUGCUCUGGAGCAGGUGCUGGAGAGCGGGAACACCGUCAACCUGGACCUAGAGAAGCUGCAGAACUUCACAUUGAGCGGAGAGCGCAUUACGAAGGAGCUUUUCGACGCCCUCUUCGUGAACCCGCAGCCAUUCCCCAUGUUUGGUUGCGGUCGGAUGUUUCCUUACGGCCAGACGCAGCAGCCUCCUCUUUCCCAGCAUUCUGAAGCACAUUCAGAUCCUCUUUCCCAUCCUCAUCACCAUCAGCCGCAGAUGGUUCCCUUUCAGCCGGGAAUGGAUUACCCUUCAGCAGCUCCUCAUCCUCAUCCCCAACAUCCAACUGGCUUCGACUUCGGCAGCAGCAUGCGGUAUUAUCAGCAUCAUCCACAGCAGGAGCCGAACCCGCAGCAGACGCCACCCGCUGGCCAGUUCUCGCAGGAGAAAUAUGAUCUGUUCCGAGGAAGCUUCGAGGCAGCUGCCAAUCUGCCGUCUUCAGCCACGGAACCAGCAAUGCACCAGCAGAGCAGCUUCUACACGCAGACGCCGCCCUGGAAGGAGUACCCAGAGGAGCAGCCCAAUCACCAUCCACAGCUCCAUCCAUAUCCACACAGCUAUAAGCAAUUUGCCCCCCAGGUAUAG